AUGAUUGUUUUAUUGAGCCUGGCCCUGUGGUCAAGUCUACACCCCUGUGCCGCCUACAUGACCCUCCAGGACAAGAUCCCCAACGGCCACCUGGUGCCAGACCCCUGCAGCCUGUCCGGCUACUGGCCUGGGGUGGGGCACCAGAACUCAAGUGGGGGAGGCGCCCUCAACGUAUUUGGCGCCGCUUUUAAAACCGUCGGGUUCGAGUGGGGUCAGGUGUGUCCGUUAGAUUCUGACGGUGACGGCAGGACCAACGGGGAGGAGCUGGGGGACCCCAGGUGUGUCUGGUCACCUGGUCAGGUACCUGAGCGCAGCACCAACAUCACACAUCCAGGGGUCUGUGAUCCACGUGACAGCUAUAAAUGUCAAGUUCAGAACAGCUUUCUUUCCUGUACCGCCUACGUGAGCAAUCAAUGCGCGGUCCUCAGUGAACCAGGUAUCCGAAACAUCACCCUGGCCAUGAAGACCUUGACCGUCCCCCAGAUGGAGGUCAGUACCCUGUGUAUGACCUUUAACCUCACCUUUGAUAAAGGCUACCACCUAGCGGCCGUUGAACCCGUGGUAAACAACAACGCUAUGUUUCACCGUGCUUACCUCUACGCCUGUGAUGAAGACAUUAGUACCGUGACUGCCGUAGCCCAGUCGUGUGGUACCUUAAAGUCCUGUGGUACCCUGGUCACUUCCUGGGUCGUAGGACAACAGACGGAGUGUUAUGGUCAGAAUUUUGGCCUGGUGCUGGGCGCUACAGGAUACAAGAUACUCAAAAUGGAGGUCGGUCAAAUAGUUAUUUUGUUUUUAUAA